GUCGCGCCAAAGUCGCGCUUGGGAUUACCCGCAUUACCCUCGAAUCCUUCUACCUAGAGCACGAAUGUGUCAAUAGCCUUCUGACGACCUCACGUCAGCAGUAAACCUCCGAAAGUCGUGGUGUGCAGACCUUGGACCGGAUGUAAGGCCCAUCCUGACAGAGAGGAAGGACCUUGAGGUUGUGCUAUAUAUGGCCAGAGGACCGAGCCUGUGAAAGGGAAUGGUUAUUGAAGAAUAUCAAGGGUGCAGCGGGAGUGCUGGUCAUGAUCACUGAUAUCGUGAAUGAAGAAUUCCUCGAAGCCGCUGGCCCAAAUUUGUGGGCUGUCUCGACUACGUCCGUUGGAUAUGAACAUGUCUAUCUAAAACAAAUCGCCAAACGAGGACUGAGGUUGGGACAUCCACUUGCGGUAUUGACCGACGCAGUGGCAGAUAUAUCCAUUAUGCUUGCGCUUAUGGCCGGCCGUAACAUGAAUGAAACUAUGGCUAUCGUACGGGAAGGUCAGUGGCCAAAGUUUACCUGGUCUCCAUUCGCCAUGUGUGGUCCCCAGAUUAGUACAACAGCACAGUCCCCUUCCCGGACUAUCCUUUUCCUCGGUUUCGGUCGAAUAUCUCAAGCUACCCUUUCCCGUGCUGUAUCUUUCGGCGUCACGGAUUGCGUUUACCACUCCAACCCAUCUUCACCUCCCAAGCUCGAAAGAGAUCAGGCAAUUCUCAAGCAACAUCAACCUCAACUCAAAUCUCUCCGAUCCGUGGACCUCGAUACGUUGGCAAGGGAGAGUGACGUCGUGACUGUGUUGGCGCCUGGAGGAGAGAAGAUGAAACAUGCUGUUUUGGUGAAUGCAGCGAGAGGGACGUUGGUGGAUUCGGGACGCGUUGGUGAAGACGUUGAGAGAGAAAUGGAUUUGGGGAGCAGGGUUGGAUGUGUUUAAGGGAGAGCCGAAUAUGUCUGCAGAUCAUCCGUUAUUGAAAGAACCUAGAUGCGACAUUGUCCCUCAUUCAUAGCGUUACGUUUGAGACUCGGCUUGGUAUGGCUACGUUGGUUUGCGAGACAAGGCGCCAGAACUGGAUCUUAGUUCAUGAAUACCGAAGACGUGGUGCCUUUGCCUUGUACAUCUUCAAUAUAAAUAUAAAGACGUAUGAUUAAAAGACCGGUU